AUGGUGAUACGGGCCUUCGAUGAGGACUCGGAGACGGACAGGCGAAUUGACAGCGCUUUCACGUCUUAUACGUGCUGUAAGCUUUUCCGUAAUGCCGGACCGACUGCGGGCGAGAAAGGUUGUGGUAAAGCGUCCGCUACCAACCUCAGCUGCUCUCUUGGCUUCGGUGACCCGCGAGACGGCCACAGACUUCUCGCCCUCGGAUACGUGUUCCGGUGUGGUGAUGACAGCGGUAUGGUUGCCAUUGAGGACCAUACGGGCGAUUCGCAGGACACGGUCAAGGCCCCAGAUGCCACCGGCGACAAAAAUCCAUAUCUCAUAGCCCCAGUUAUAGGUGUAUACGUACCAUAUGUGGUAGUAGUAACCGACAAUGAACAAUAG